CUAGGUUUUUAUUCAGGAAUUCUACUCAAAACGCUGGGAAGUUGGGGGCGGGAUAACCAUUGGUGGAAGGUGGAAGAAACAGGACGGAUUGGCUUCACAACUAUGUCCAACUCUGAGAAACACCCCGCGAACGCGAAGCCGAAUCAACAGAAUUAGAACAAAGGAGUAAGGGUGAAUCCGAUGCAAACGCCCAUGACCGAAGAGAAGAAGCAAAGCAGAAUCCCCAAAUUGUUGUGAGCCGAAGUUGAAAUCUUAUAUUUCGAUUUUGCUGUGAGAGCUCACCAUACAUGCGACCAUUGCAUUGUUUGUCACAUGGUAGUGGUAACUACAAUGGCAUUACUUAAUUAUCCUACCAAUGUUAGAUUUCCGUCAUGUGAGUGCACCAGAUCAAGAUUUCCAGCCGUGGGCCAAAGAACAACUUUUGCUUUCAGCUGGAGGCUGUAUUCACAACUUUGUUUCUUCCAUGUAGCCCAGCCUCUUGUGGCUAGCAUGUCCAAGAGAAUGGCAUGGUCUAUUCAGAGCACUCUGGAUGGAAGAUCAGAUCCUCCGACAAAUAGCUCCAAUGGCAGAACCCGACUAAUUACAGCCAUCCAGGCUAUUCAAAUCAAAUUGAGUGAAAGAAUUGAGGAGAUAAGGAAAGAUCUUCCAAUGAAAUUACUCUUUUUCUUGAUGGGCUUUUACUGUGCAACUGCCUUUGCUACUGUUAUUGGGCAAACAGGUGACUGGGACAUUCUAUCUGCUGCCUUGGCUGUGGUAGUGGUUGAGGGAAUUGGAGCCCUCAUGUAUAAAGAUUAUUUUCCUAUGUUUGAAAAUAUUAGGAGCCUGAUCACCUUAUUUAAUUAUUGGAAGACUGGGCUUUCCCUGGGUCUUUUCUUGGAUUCUUUCAAGUACUAAAUUGAAUAACAUUAUGGAGUAUAUGAAUCCAUUCACUUUUUAGAUAAAUAUAUUCCCUGCAAAUUUUUAGCCC